ACGUCGAAGUAAUCGAUUCGACGGAGCGCUAUUGCACACCGCAGUUCUAUGGCUAAUCUGCCAUUAUCGGAGAUAAAACAAAAUAAUAAAACAUUUGCAUAACAUUCGGAGUAUAUCGGUGUACCAGGUAAUCUCAGAACGUGAUAAAAUGUAUCAGAAAUAUUUUCCAUUACGCGUGGAAAAGUGGAAAUUUUAAAAUGUUUUGGAGUAUGUUCAACACUACAGCGACAUGCCAAUUGAUGUCUUUUUAUAUUGGCAUCACUCAAGUGUGCUUCAUGCCAGCCCCGGUGGGCGAUUGCGAAACCUGUUGCGCGAGAGACGAUACCAUCGACAUUCAAUAUAAACUUUUUACUAGGGGAAAUCCAAUUUACCACGAUUCCAUCAUACCGGGAGACCAAAGAGCGUUAUAUGACACGCGCUUCAGUUCAUCAAGACCCACAGUCAUUUAUUUAUAUGGAUUUUCUGAAGCCAUCACAGGUGCAAGUACUACAAUGUUGAAAAAUGCGUUUUUAUUUAGAGGUGAUUAUAACUUCAUUGCAGUGGAUUGGUCUCGACUUGUCGUUUUUCCCUGGUACAUAUCAGCAGUAAGGAACACAAGAUACAUGGGAGAGAGAUUAGCAAAUUUUGUAGAGUUCUUGAACUUGACUGGCGUGCCAGCGGAAUCUCUGCAUGUUAUCGGAUUUUCUUUAGGAGCGGAGGCUGCUGGGUUUGCAGGCAAGGUGCUUCGGUCUCGUACUCCGAGGCUGAGAUUGGGAAGAAUUACUGGAUUGGAUCCAGCGUAUCCCGGUUACAGUUUGGGCGGCCAAGAGAACCAUCUUGCUAAAGGAGACGCUAUAUUCGUAGACGUGCUACACACAAAUCCUGGGAUCUUUGGGUUUCCUCAUCCGAUUGGUGAUGUGGACUUCUACCCUAACCACGGGCAAUGGAUCCAGCCUGGAUGCUGGUUCGAUGAACUCGUGAAGAAUAGAGAGUUGAGUUAUUUUUAUGGCUGCAGCCACAACCGUGCCUGGAGAUUGUAUGCGGAAUCUAUUAGGAACCCUAGAGGAUUUCCAGCAACGCUGUGUAAGGACUGGACAAGCGCGACAGCAUCUUGUAGGUUUGUUGUCGACGGUUAUAUGGGCUUAGGAGCAAAGUUACCGGCAAAAGGCAAAAUGUAUUUGCUCACAAACGAUAAGCCACCGUUCGCUAGAAAUGGACCCUAGAGAUAAGAAAGUAAUCAUAAAGCAUUAAAUUCUCAUUGUAGUCAAAUAUUUUAAGUAUUAUUGUAAUAGUAUUUAAAUCUUAUUCAGUAAAAAAUAAAUAUUUAAUGUUUUGUUAACAAUAAA